AUGCCUUUGAUUUAUGAACGCGAGAACCGGCUCCAAAUCGGAGAGUUACCGGCUGUUCAUCCUGAUGCUAGAGUCUUCGUUCCCAGCCGUAUUUAUCGAAUCGAAACUGUUUACACUUACUUUCAGGAUGUUCAGAUGUUCGAUGAUACCUUCGUCGUCAUCGAACGGGAUCAGGUGUUGACAUUCCAAGAACAUCUCAACGCCGUCUUCCCGGACAUUCAAUUUACGAUGGAGGAGGAAGAGAACAACCAGCUGGCCUUCCUGGAUGUCCUCGUAUGCCGCAAAGAUUGUGGUGAACUAAAAACCAAAGUGUUCAGGAAAGCGACAAAUACGAUGCAAGUACUGAACUUCAACAGUAACCACCCAAUCAGCCACAAGCGCAGCUGUGUAAGGACGCUCUAUCGGCGGGUCGAAACGCACUGCAGUGAGCCGGAAGACAAAAUUGCUGAACUACAAUACCUCCGACGGGUCUUCAAAGCCAAUGGCUACCCGCGCAACUUCUUCGACCGGUGCAUACGCAAAAGGGACGAAAGGCCUAACCGCACGGACACCAAGUCUUGGCGGGCACUUCCGGAUGUCACGAACCUUUCGGAAGCUGUCGGCCGCCUUCUCGCACCACUUGGGGUUGGAGUGGCACACAGAAAGGAGGCAACUAUCAGGCGUCUGGUCAUGACACCGAAAGACCCACUGCCACGGCUAGAAACGUCUGGAGUCGUUUAUCGGAUCUGGUGCAGUUGUGGACAAAGCAACUACGUCGGAGAAACCGGAAGACAGCUCCGAACGAGAAUGGCCGAACACGCGGCAGCGGUGCGCAGAAAUGACGCCAGCUCUCAAGUUGCGGCUCAUUUGACGAGAUCCGGCCACACAUUCAAAUUCGGUAAGACCGAUAUUCUCGCAAGAGGUGACAACCGCGUGAGCCGAGAGAUACUGAAAUCAUGGUUUACAGGCCCCCUGUCCAUCAACAAGUGCAACGAUCUUCCCAUUCCAUAUUCCGUGCUGAAACUUCGCCUAGGCGGAGUAACAAGCCAUGCGGGAAGGGCAGAGGUGAACACUUUUCCCAACAUCGGGGUCGGUGCGUCAGAUGGUCGAGCAAUCAUCACGCCAACAUCCAAUGCACGUGAUAAAAUUGCAGCAAUUAUCGACUCGAAUGUCGGCCAUCAAGCAGGUGCGACGAUCUCGGAUGAAGGGGGGAGCCGUGAAUGUUCAUAG